AUGUGCAUGAGGCGAUGGCCCUCGAGGCCGAGUCACUCCGUGAUUGCCCGGUGGCGCCGAUCGCUCACAAUGACCCCGAGUUGCAGCUGUGCAUGGUUGAGAUCUCGGCUGACAAGUUCGAUGCCUUGGUGCGAGCCGAUGUCUUUUGCUAGUUAA